AUGAGUGUACAAGACAAAAAUAAAAAAAAGAGAGAAUUAUCAAUGAAUCAAUUCGAUGAUGAUGAUGAUGAUGAUGAUGAUGAUGAUGAUGAUGAUGAAGAAGAAGAAGAAGAAGAAGAAAAGGAACAUUUUGAAUCAUAUCAGAAAAAGAGGGUAUGGAUACAAAAUAAGCGUAACGAGACAUGA